AUGAAUGAGAACAACAUAUCAGAGUUACUGGAUCAGGAUAUGUCGGAUUGGUCCGACGAUGAUGACUCGGAUGCUGAUCCCGAUUUUCAAUUAGAGAAUGAUUCAAGCGAUGAUUCAAAUUAUCGUUAUGACCUAUUUGCACUUGGUAAUGAACAUGAAGAUGAUAUUGAUAUUGCGAUUCCACCAACGCCUGUUACUGUUCCUUCAUCAAUACGUCAUGAAGAUGCAUCAGAACCCUUAUGGAAUGAUGUUGAUGAUGCCUUUCAAUCGAACGUAUUAUUCAACCCAAAAAAUGAGCCAGUGGGCAUUAAUCCUGAUGUUAUUGAAACCCUAAUCGAAGGUAGCCCUUAUGAUUUUUAUUCGUUAUUUUUGGACGAUGAUGUGAUACAUUUAUUGGUUAAAGAAACUAACAGAUAUGCGAAGUCUUUAUUGUCAACCAGAAUCAGUCCACACUCACGGUUACAUACAUGGGUAGAUGUUACUUCUGUUGAAAUGAAAAACUUUUUAGGUAUUAUUAUGUGGAUGGGUUUGUGUCCCCAACCAUCAAUUGCUUCAUAUUGGAAAAAAAGUAAAAUAUAUGUAUCUUAUACACCAAAAUAUAUGACUAGAAAAAGAUUCGAACUUCUUUUGCGCUCAUUUCAUUGUUGUAAUAAUGAUGACUGUCCUCCUGGUGACCGUUUAUUUAAAGUAAGUGGAUUACUUGACUUACUUUUAUCAAAAUAUAAAAUGGCACGUACACCAAAAGAGUCUAUGUGCAUUGACGAAUCCAUUGUUCCUUUUGUAGGUCGUCUUUCAUUUAGACAAUAUAUACAAAAUAAAAGACACAGAUACGGUAUUAAGAUAUUUAAAUUGUGCAUUGACAAUUUCUAUACUGUUGGAUUCAAAAUUUAUGCUGGUAAGGAAUCUGUUGUUGGCCAGAGAGUAUCAACUAGAAUUGUUACUGAAAUGGCAGAAGAAUACCUGGAUAUGGGUAGAACAAUGUACACCGACAAUUGGUAUAGCAGCUAUGACUUAGCCACUGAACUUUUAAAAAGAUCUACUCAUUUGGUUGGUACUCUGCGCUCAAAUAGAAAAAACAACCCCACAGAAGUUAUAAAAAAGAAAUUAAAAAGAGGAGAAGUUAUAGCUAAACAAUGCAAUAAAGGUAUAACAGUAUUGUAA